AUGGCUUCCUCCAAUCCUCGUCGUAGGACUCCGGCUACUCGUUCCGGUGAAGCUGGCGACGCCUCUCUUAAGACUUCCAUGGCUCUUCGCAAGGGCGCCACCUUCCACUCUCCAUCAUCACCAACGUCGUUGUCAUCUGACGACCUCGACUUCACACCUCCACGUCUCUCCCGAUCCCAGAGCCACAUGGACGACGUCGUCGACGCUAACCGUCGCCGUAUCGCACUGGCCUUGAACGAGUUUGACGAAGCCCUUUCCACCAAGGCUGAAGGCCUUUCCAUCUCCUCAAAGCAGGACAACACCGAUGCCCUUCGAGACACCAGCCUCCCCGUACCUCGUGGCUUCCUUGAGUUGCCCCUUAUCGACCCGAAAUCGAUGGCCAAGGAACAAGAGAAGCGAACACUCCGUCCUCGUUCGACCCGAAGGACACACCGCCACGCCUCUGACAGCGGGCUUGGUUCUUCGCUGGCCUCUUCCAGCGAUACCCUCGCUGACAAGAAGGGCAGCCCUCUAACAACCGCUACUGCCAUAACUCGUUCAGUAGCCGCUCCUAGUAUGGAGAAUCUUCCUUCGCUCGGCCCCAAGGCCGUGCACCGCAUUCACGAACACCUUCUUGGGCCCCUCCUGGAGAAGUCCACCCUUAAAGGCUUCAAGCCUAUUGUGCUUGAUGUACCCCGUCGUAUCCGAUCGAAAGAGAUCAUCUGCCUCCGCGAUGUGGAGAAGACCCUGCUAUUCAUGGCACCGGUGAGUCAACUUUUGAGUAAUAAUGGUUUAUGGGCGAGUACUUAUCGGAAGUUAUGCUUGAAGGAGAAGGCAAAGUCACCCGCCUUGUACCUGGACUUCUGCCUUACGUCGAUUCGAUGCAUCCAAGCGACUGUCGAGUACCUCACCGACCGAGAACAAAUCCGACCCGGUGAUCGACCUUACACUAACGGCUACUUUAUCGACUUGAAGGAACAAAUUUAUCAAUAUGGCAGGGAACUUGCUGCCUACAAAAACGGAGAGCUAAGUGAUGCUAUGGAUCUUGACCAGUAUGUGCCGCGUUUUGUGCCUAUUCGACCCAAAGCUGACAUCAACAACCAAAGAUCUGAUGAGAUUCGUCUCAUUGGAGGCAUCUCCGAGAAUGGCCGACCCGCGGAGCUUGUCCGCAUUAAGAAAGACGGCACUGCCAUCUCUAUGGCCACUGGUAAGCCUGUUGUGCUACAUGACGGUCCCGUCCAGGUGAAGCGCUCCCUCAGCGAGGUGAGAGAAGACGAGGAAGAGAUUAUGCGAUCAAUGGCACGCCGCAAGAAGAACGCAUCCCCCGAGGAGUUGGCACCAAAGAGAUGCCGUGAGCCUGGAUGCAACAAGCAGUUCAAGCGCCCUUGUGAUUUGACCAAGCAUGAAAAGACCCAUUCUCGUCCUUGGAAGUGCCCGAUGGAGAAUUGCAAGUACCAUGAGUUUGGCUGGCCUACUGAGAAGGAAAUGGAUCGCCAUAUCAACGACAAGCACUCCGAUGCUCCCGCCAUGUUCGAGUGCCGGUUCAAGCCUUGCCCGUACAAGUCGAAGCGUGAGUCCAACUGCAAGCAGCAUAUGGAGAAGGCCCACGGCUGGAAAUACAUUCGCACCAAGACGAAUGGAUCCAAGAAGCCUUCCACCAAACCCGCCAGCUCAGUCCAGCAGGCCAGCUCGGUCCAGCAAACCCCACCACUGGGCAAUGCGUCCACGCCAUCUGAUGCGUACAGCGUCGCUACUCCACCCCAGGAUGGCAUUCCUGCUUCCUCUGGCGACUUUCCCCUGUACCCGGCAGACGCCGACUGGCUUGCCACUUAUGGCUUGCAGCCAGAAACCCUGGACACAAUGGACUUGUCCAUGGAGAAUCUCUCGCCAUCUUCAGCUGGCUCAUACGAGAAUUUCCCUCCGUACCAGAAUGGUUCUCAAUUUAUUACGGAUGAAGACAUCUAUGCGGCCACGGCUCAGAUGCCAACUCACAUGCCUAACCCUGCUGACUUGAUGAUGUACGGCAAGAUGGCUCAGGCUCCUCUAUCCUUCGAGCACACGCAACAUCAGCAACUCCUCGCUGGCAUGCCAACCUAUCACACCCCACAGCAGCAGUUCCAGCCUCCGCAAAACAAUACGUCGCAAUUCUCUCCGAACGCACAGCAGAAUGCUAUGCUGUACACUCCUUUGUCAAUCGAUGAGGACGAGGGCCACACGGAUAGCUUCCAGGAUGAGAAUGCAGACUUCCAGCUGUUCGAUUCGACCAUGCAAAAGUCAGACACGGUCCAGCCGUUGUUCGGCGAGAUCCCAAGUGCUGACAUGGGUUUCUCCCAAAACUCUCAAGACAUUUUCCAGCAAAUCGACCUGUCUCAACUGGAAUACCCAUCAUUCCAGGAAUAA